AUUUCCAUAUCAUAGUUCUCCAUUUAUCUUCAACAUUUCUCAUUACAUAUACAUACAAAAAGUCGAAAAAGAGAAAAACCUUUGAUUAGAACAACCAUGUCUUUCUCAAACAAACUAUCAUUGGUUUUGUUACUUUCUUCUUUUCUCAUCCAUGCAUCUUUUGGUGAGAUGAUAUGCGAGGACUUACCGAAAGAAGUGUGUACUUUCUCGAUAGCUUCAUCGGGGAAGAGAUGUUUGUUGGAGACAGAAAAAGGAGUGAACGGCGAAACUAAGUAUCAGUGCAGAACAUCUGAAGUUGUGGUGGAGAGAAUGUCGGAGUACAUUGAAACAGACCAAUGUGUUGAAUCAUGUGGUGUUGAUAGGAGUUCUGUUGGUAUUUCAUCUGAUGCUUUCUUCGAGCCACAGUUCACUGGCAAACUUUGCUCACCAUCUUGCUACGAGAAAUGUCCGAAUGUUGUUGAUCUUUUCUUCAAUUUGGCUGCUGGAGAAGGAGUGUUUUUGCCAGAACUAUGUGAGAAACAUAAGAGCAACCCGCGUCGCGCUAUGGUUGAGCUUGUGAGUUCUGGAGCUGCAUUUGGACCUGUUUCUGCUGUUUUAGAGGACAUUGUGGUGGCACCUGCACCUUCUCCUCUUUGAUUUUGGAGAAAGAGUGUAAAUUUUCCAAGACAUUCAAUUUAUAUUUUCCUAUGUUAGAGGAUAUAUUAUAUAGACGGAAAUAUGGAAUUUGUUUUGAUUAAUGUAAUAAUAAUCAAGUUGAGUUGGUCAUGUUUUUGUUUCAUUUUUAUGUUAUGUAAUGUUUUGUUUUCUGAAUUUUUGGAUUUUUGUGAUCUUAUUAUCUAAUUUGAUUGU